AGCCGUGUUGGUCUUCCGAGUGCUCUACACUGCCCGUCGCUGCGUGUUAGACACGUUGUUGUGGCUGUUGUGUGGGUCUGGUGUGCUUAUGGUGGUUGUUGUGGUUGUUUGUUUGCCUGAUGUGCUCAUGGUAGUUGUUGUGGCCGUUGUGAGGGUCUGGUGUGCUCAUGGUGGUUGUUGUGGCUAUUGUGUGGGUCUGGUGUGCUUAUGGUGGCUGUUGUGGUUGUUUGUUUGCCUGGUGUACUCAUGGUGGUUGUUGUGGUUGUUGUGUGGGUCUGGUGUGCUUAUGGUGGUUGUUGUGGCUGUUGUGUGGGUCUGGUGUGCUCAUGCUGGUUGUUGUGACUGUUGUGUGGAUCUGGUGUGCUCAUGGUGGUUGCUAUGGCUGUUGUGUGGGUCUGGUGUGCUUAUGAUGGUUGUUGUGGUCGGUAGCUUGAUACUUCACACCUUGCGACAAAGUGGUGAGACGGGGAGUUUGCGGGCGAAUAUGAGCAACCUGGCGAUUCUGUGCUACCACUACGUCAUAGUGUAUUACCUCAAUCUGGUCAAAGAGGACACGGAGGCGGUGGACCGUGUGCUGGACAACUCUCUGCAACAGUAUCCCAACGGCGCCUUCUUCUUAUUCUACAAAGGCAGACGCCAUCUGGCACAUCGAGAACCCGACCAGGCUAUCG